UUCAAUGACCAAGUGGAUGAAUGAAUUAUUUAUACAUCGGCCAGGAAAUAAUUUUUGUUUGGUUUUCCAUCUUGCAUAUAACGAAUGCUGCUCAGAUAUGUUUACUGCAAGCUUAAUAUCUGGAGUUCUAUGUUAACAAUGUCAUAUUUUUUUUCUACUUAUAAUGAUACUUAAAGCAUUGCUUCGCAAGGAGGUUAAAUAAUAUAUGUCGAAACUCAUUGUAACAGACGAAAACUGUCAUGACUGCCAAAAGUUCUAAAAAUUCUAUCAAACCUUCUUUCAAGGAAAAAACAACUAUUCCGGUUCGCUACAUCUUUGCUGUCCUCAGUUUCUUCGGCUUCAUCAAUGUCUACGCAUUGCGAGUCAAUCUGAGCGUAGCAAUUAUCGCUAUGGUCAAAGAAUCCGGUCAUUCAAGCAAACUAAAUUCUGAAAAAGUAGUAGCUUGCUCAGAACUUUUGAAAGAUUUUUCGUAUGAUAAUACUUCAGCAAGGAAUCAUUCGCAUCAGUCAAAAGAGAAAUUCGAUUGGGAUUCUCAACUACAAGGGGUGGUCCUGGGUGCCUUCUUUUAUGGUUAUCUUGUCACGCAAAUUCCUGGUGGAAUGCUUGCAGAAAAGUACGGUGCAAAAUGGUUACUGGGAAUCGGAGUGCUGAUUGCAUCUCUUUUCACACUGCUUACGCCUUUGGCCGCCAGAUGGAGCGUAUGGGCAUUGGUAAUUGCACGGGUAAUAGAAGGACUGAGUGAAGGUGUAGCCUAUCCAGCUAUUAAUACAUUGAUUGGACAAUGGGCACCAAAACUAGAAAGAAGUCGGAUGACUGCCUUUAUUUUCACUGGAAGUAAUGUUGGGACUGUAUGCACACUGGCUAUUUCUGGCAUGUUGUGUAAUUCAGAUUUUCUUGGAGGUUGGCCGUCUGUCUUUUACAUUUUUGGUAGUCUGGGCUGCCUUUGGUUCCUCCUGUGGACAUACCUGGUAUCCGAAACGCCCGAUUCUCACCCACGUAUCUCUAAAACGGAGCUUCUUCUCAUAAAUCAAGGCCAAGAAGAAAAACGAAUUCGACCUGCUACACCAUGGAGAAAGAUACUGACUUCAGUCCCUUUCUGGGCUCUACUCGUCACGCAUGUUGGGGAGUGCUGGGGAUUUUAUACACUCAUCAUAGAAAUGCCGAUGUAUCUAUCCCAGAUCCUACACUUUGAUAUACAUCAGAAUGGUCUCUUGUCAUCACUGCCUAGUCUGAUGCUUUCAAUUGUUUCGAUCAUUGCCAGUAUCAUAGCUGACAAACUACGAGAAAGUGGGAAGCUACGAAUCACUGUUAUCCGAAAGAUCCUUAAUUCCAUUGGUUUCUUUGGACCGGCUGUAUGUAUAAUUACUGUAGCAUUUAUUGGUUGCGAUCCUUUAACAAUAGUAAUUUUGUUGUCUCUGGCCAUGGGCUUGAAUGGGUUUGCAUUUUCUGGAUUCGUUUGUACUUAUGUCGAUAUGAGCCCAGAUUUUGCUGGUACAACAUAUGGAAUUUCGAACUGCCUUGCUAGUUUUACUGGUUUCCUUGUUCCAGCAUUCGUUGGAUGGAUCAUUAAAGAUGGGCAAACUGUAAAAAACUGGGGAAUUGUUUUCAUCACAGCUUCAACAGUCUUCAUUGUUACAGGAAUUAUUUAUAAUGUAUUUUGCUCAGCUGAAUUGCAACCCUGGCUAGAAUGUCCCAAAACUAAUCAUAAGAAACCAUUCCAAGAUGAAACAAAUACUAAAUUCAGGUUCCCAUUGCUACCAAAUCAAUUGAAUGAAGUUGUUCAUGAAGCUGUUUUACAUGUAACUCUAAUGCAGGAUGGCGCCUCGUUACUCGCAGCAAGUUCAUUCAAAACAUUCCUUUUGAAUACUUUUGCUAUACCAGCCCGAUAUGUAUUCGCUCUUCUGGGUUUCUUUGGAUUCUUCAAUGUUUAUGCCAUGCGAGUCAACCUCAGUGUUGCCAUUAUCGCAAUGGUAAAACCGUCAAAUAAUUCAAAUGUUACGACGGUCGAAGAUAAUGUUGCUUGUCAAGAAUUGCUCGAAGAUUUCAAAUAUGAGAAUAACACGUCAUCAAAAUCGAUAGAAGGUGAAUUCGAGUGGGAUUCACAAGUACAAGGAGUAGUCCUUGGGGCUUUCUUUUAUGGGUACGUCAUCACUCAAGUUCCUGGUGGGCUCUUCGCAGAAAAGUAUGGUGCCAAAUGGCUGUUCGGAGGAGGGAUGCUGCUGACGUCUCUUUUCACGCUUCUCACCCCUAUCGCUGCUAGCUGGAGUGUUUGGGCCCUGGUAGCCGCACGAGUCAUUGAAGGUUUGGGCGAAGGUGUUGCUUUUCCAGCUAUGAAUACCCUGAUUGGCCAAUGGGCGCCCAAGCUAGAGAGAAGUCGGAUCGGAUCAUUCAUCUAUACCGGAAGUAACAUAGGCACUGUGGUCACUCUUGCUAUUGCAGGUGUCCUCAGCGACAAAGUCGGAUGGCCAUCAGUCUUCUAUGUUUUAGGUGCUCUCGGAUGUGUGUGGUUCGUUCUGUGGGCCAUUUUAGUUUUCGAGACCCCCGAAGUGCAUCCACGAAUAUCCAAGGAGGAGCUUGUUCUCAUACGAGAAGGGAGAGAAAACAAAACACGGCCUCCAACACCGUGGAAAUCCAUAUUAACCUCAAUUCCUCUAUGGGCAUUAGUUAUUUCCCACACUGGGCAAUCAUGGGGCUUUUACACGUUUUUCAUCCAAAUGCCCAUGUACUUGUCCAAUAUACUGCAUUUCGACCUCAAUAAGAAUGGAGUAUUGUCUGCCUUACCGAAUCUAAUGCUUUCUCUCAUGUCCAUAAUUGUUAGCAUUUUUGCUGAUAAACUCCGACAAAGUGGUAAACUCAAAAUAACAGUUAUUCGGAAAAUUUUUAAUACCAUCGGGUUCGUAGGACCAGCCUUGUGUUUACUUGCUGUUUCAUUCAGUGGCUGCAGACCUACAUUAAUAGUUGCAUUGCUCUCGCUUGGAAUGGGUCUAAACGGAUUUGCCUACUCAGGUUUCAUCGUUACUCAUGUAGAUAUGAGUCCAGAUUUUGCAGGUACUUUGUAUGGGAUAACUAAUUUCUUCUCCAAUUUCACUGGCUUUCUUGUACCAGCUUACGUUGGGUGGAUUAUGCAAGAUGGGCAAACGGUGAAAAACUGGGCAAUAGUCUUCAUCACCGCUUCUGUUGUUCUGAGUGUUACAGCCAUAGUUUACGAUGCAUUUUGCUCUGCUGAACUUCAACCGUGGGGAGUCACCGAAAAAAAAGAUGAAACAACUUCAAAAAAGGAAGACGUGCCCUUGGAAGAGGACCCUUAUGCGUGUUCUUCGAAACUAAAAGCUGCUCGCGAGCCUGUUGCUUUUUAUCAGUACCUUGGACCAUUUCAAGCACGCUACAUACUAACGCUGCUGGGCUUCUUCGGCUUUUUCUGUGUAUACGCACUGCGCGUCAAUCUUAACGUUGCCAUGGUAGCGAUGGUGCAACAACCGCGUGUUCAAGACGUUCCGAACCCUGAAGAUAAAGUGGAUGCUUGCCCAAAUCUCGUAAAAUUUCCUCAUGGCACAAACAGUUCUGUUCAAAUUAUGCGAUCUACACUAAAAGGAGAAUUCGAUUGGGAUUCCAAUAUGCAGGGUUUGGUCCUGGGAUCGUUCUACUUCGGUUACGUUGUCACCCAAAUUCCAGGAGGAAUUGCUGCCGAAAAAUAUGGCGCCAAGUGGCUAUUCGGAAUAGGAAUCCUCAUUACGGCUGUCUUCUCUCUGCUAACACCCAUGUGCGCAAGAUGGAGUGUGUGGGCUUUAAUUAUAGCCAGAGCUAUUGAAGGUUUGGGAGAGGGCGUGACGUACCCUGCUAUGCAUGCCUUAAUAGGACGUUGGGCACCGAAACAGGAAAGGUGCCUCCUCUCCACGAUCAUUUACAACGGCACUGCUAUUGGCACUGUUAUAUCUUUAGCGGUAUCUGGUGCUCUUUGCGAAACCAAUUUUCUCGGUGGUUGGCCAUCAGCUUUUUAUGUUUUUGGAUUGUUUGGCUGUUUGUGGUUUCUUUUGUGGAUCACUCUCGUCUAUGAUAGUCCUGAUAGUCAUCCUCGAAUAUCAGAUGAAGAACUGCUAUUUAUCCAUUUGGGUCAAGAUGAAAUUCAACCUCACAGAGCUUCACUACCUUGGAAGUCCGUAGUAACAUCAGUUCCUAUGUGGGGUUUAGUUGUCACACAUUUUGGUCAAAACUGGGGGUUUUAUACUUUAUUGACUGAUAUGCCCACUUAUUUGUCUAACGUACUCCAUUUCAACAUAGAAAAGAAUGGCGUGGUAUCCGCUCUACCAAAUCUAAUCCAAGCGUUUGUUGCUGUGAUUGCGAGUUGGACAGCUGAUAAAUUACUCGCUCGUGGCAAAUUGAAAAUCACGACCAUAAGAAAGAUUAUGAACUCCAUUGCUCUCUACUCUCCAGCUUUAUGCGUGCUACCGAUAGCCUUCAUCGGAUGUGAGCCGGUGAUCAUUGUUAUAUUAUUAACUGUGGGUAUCAGUUUAAACGGCUUCAUCUACUCUGGAUUUAAUGUGAUACACGUGGAUAUGAGUCCAGAGUUUGCAGGUACACUAAUGGGCAUCACUAACUGCAUAGCAAAUCUCCCUGGAUUCUUGGCACCGUCCUUUGUUGGUUGGAUCGUUCAAGAUGGUCAUACUCUACAAAAUUGGGCUGUAGUAUUUGUCACCACAUCCGCAAUAUUCAUUAUCAGUGGCACAGUUUUCAAUUUGUUUUGCACAGCAGAGCUUCAGCCAUGGGGAUCGAACGCGCCGCCAUCGAAUGAAAAUAACGAGGCUGUUGCAAUGGACGAUACAACGCCUGAGUUUCAGAACUCAACUAUACAAUUAUGCAAAGAAAAUGUUUGUUGAUGUUUUGCUUUAAAUAGUUUCGAUAAUUUCCUAUUGUAAAUAUUUAACAAAAUGAAAAGAACAUACAUAGUGCAUUUCAAAGUCAUAUUUUUGAAAUCAAAUGUAAAUACGUUUUUACAGUCUCCUAUUUAAGAAAAUGAAAUUGUUUGAUUUAUAUCUGAAAAGUUGAAUGUGGUAUGCUUCAAAAUUUUUGAAAUGAUGGUACGACAGUAUUACGUGCAAAUUUAACCUUAUUUCAAAGUUCAUAUAACACUCCGAGAAUCAUACAUUGUGACUUUUAUAUAAUUUGUUGUAUUCAUGAUUUAAUGCCUCUAUUAUUGUAACAUUUGGUUCAUUGUUUUCAUGAAAAAAUAAUUAGAGAUGUUGUUUGUUUGUUUCUUAUGGCACUUGCCACUGACAAGCCCGCUGUUAAUUAGAGAUGUAGAUAUUUAAUGGCUUCCUGCCCUACUGUUAUCAUGUUUCUUGUUUAUCCUUACAUACCACAAAGAAAAUGAUGAAAACAAUAAAAGUUUUUUAUUC